CUCAGUCCAGAAAGAAGAUGGUUUCCACGGAAGACCUUGACUACCCUCAAAUCAUCUUGCAAUACAGCAAUGGAUUUUUAGUCUCAAAGGUUAUGUUCACUGCUUGUGAGUUGGGGGUGUUUGAUCUUCUGCUGGAGUCAGGAGAGCCUCUGUCUUCAGAUGCCAUUGCUGCACGCUUGGGUACCAGCACCACGGGGAUGGAAAGACUGCUGGACGCCUGUGUGGGAUUGAAGCUCUUGGCAGCAGACUUGACACAAGAAGGAGCCCUCUACAGAAACACAGAAAUUUCCAACACCUACCUUACAAAGUCAAGUCCUAAGUCUCAGUAUCAUAUUAUGAUGUAUUACUCCAACACAGUCUACUUGUGCUGGCACUACCUGGCCGACGCUGUGCGAGAAGGAAGAAACCAAUAUGAAAGAGCUUUUGGCGUUUCAUCUAAAGAUGUUUUUGGAGCAAUGUACAGAUCAGAAGAAGAAAUGCUGAAAUUCAUGGCUGGCCAGAACUCAGUGUGGAGUAUAUGUGGCAGAGAUGUUCUUGCUGCAUUUGACCUUUCCCCUUUCAGGCAGAUCUGUGACCUGGGAGGAGGUGGAGGAGCUUUGGCCCGGGAGUGUGUUUCUUUGUACCCAAAUUCCACAGUCACAAUUUAUGACUUGCCAAAAGUCGUGCAAAUGGCCAAAGAGCAAUUUAUUCCCCCUGAGGAGCGUCGGAUCGCUUUCCAUGAAGGAGACUUCUUUAACGAUUCAAUUCCAGAAGCUGAACUGUAUAUUUUAUCCAAGAUACUGCACGACUGGGAUGAUGACAAAUGCAGGCAGCUGCUGGCAAAAGUCCACAAGUCUUGCAAACCUGGUGGUGGAGUGCUGCUGGUUGAAUCGCUUCUGAAUGAAGAUAAAAGUGGGCCUUUAGAGACACAACUGUAUUCAAUGAAUAUGUUGGUGCAGACCGAAGGAAAAGAGCGAACAGCAGCAGCGUACAGCAAGCUCCUUGAGGCAGGUGGCUUCAGAGAGGUCCAAGUCAAGAGGACUGGAAAACUCUAUGAUGCUGUUUUAGGAAGGAAGUCAUAGUACCUCUAUUAUGUACCUAACAAGAUAGAAUAAGUGGAGAAAUGUGUUAUUCUUUUCUUAGAAGACAGUCAUCAACCUAGCUUUUAGUUAAGGCAGCCAACUUUUUUGUAAGCUGAUACGUUGUCGAGAGAAUCACUGGUGAUACACCUUGAGCGUGCAUGGAUUGUAAACUUGGCAGACUGAUUAGGGCUUGCCUUUGGCUCUGGAAGGGAGAGAAAGAAAUCAACAUCUGUUCCACAAGAAAGAACCCACAAAAAAUGUGCAGUGCCCGCUUCAGAUUUUUUCAUUCUUUCCAAUUUUAACACUGUAUCUGACAAAAGCAAGGCUAAAUUUGUACUUGGA